CUUCUAUUGUUUUUCUUUUAAGGAUUUAGAGGUGUUUGUAGAAGACUGUUUACUUCUGGCAGACAGUGCAGGCUGUUCAACAGUGGCAUUUCCUGCUUUGGGCACUGGAAAAUUAGAGUACCCAUAUCGAGAUGUGCCAGUCGCAUUGUUUAAUGGCGUAGACAGAUAUGUGACUGAGGGAACUAUUGGAGGAAUUUCAACUGUAUACAUUUCUGUACUAGAAAAGGAUGAUCACCUGCACCAGAUUUUAGAGAAAGAGCAAGAGAGGAGGAAAUCAGCUAAAACUUUUUCUGGAAAACAGCAUCAGGCUGAUGGUCAGAAAUAUCUUGUAGCUGAGAAUGGAUCAGUAAAGUAUACUAUUAUUGCAGAGAGUGCAUGCCAGAGAAUGACUUCAGUAAAGAUUGUGAAUGUAAAAUUAGAAGCAGGAAAUAAGUCACAUGGAAAUUCUGUGCAGAAGGUAAAUCUUUCACAGCUUUGGGAAAUAAAUGUUACAUGUGGAGAGACUAAGGAAGGCCUCAUGAGUGGAGUCAAAGAUGUUGUACUUCUAUGUGAAGAUCAAAAAAUAACGUGUGUUAAUAUUUUUUGUUCAAAUGGAUUCAAAAAGAUUUCAAUGACUGACCAGGUUGACACCAUUAUUCAGUCUGUUGAGAAAGAAGUAAGAUUGUUAAAUCCAACAAAAUAUAAGUACCUAAAGAAUGUUAGAAUAGUUGUAAGUGAUGCUGCAUUCUCUACUUUGUAUGAGGUAAAGGGACGAGAUGAAAAUGUGUCAAGUAAAGGAUUUCUUUCCAGUUUAUUCAAAUCUUUUUAUACUAAAGUCUCACAGUCACCUCUUAACUGGAAGAUUUUAUCCUGUGAUUUACCAAAGAAAAGACAGUGUCUGAAUAUAACACUUGCUGGAUGUAAACAUAGUGACAUUGAGAGAGCCAAGGUUGAAAUAACACAGUACAUAGAAAUAAUAGAAUAUUGUGAUCCUGAUAAGAUGACAGUGAAGGUUGAGAAAAAUCGGCACUUGACAUCAGAAUACAAAUCUGGUUUAAAGUCAAAGUUUAUGAAAGAUGCUAAGCAAAAUCAAAUAACAAAAGUCAAUGAUGAUGGAAUUGACAUGACCCAAGAGAAAGGAGACACUGAGAUAAAAAUUGAAGGUGGAAAGAAAACUUCUCAAACUCCAGAGACUGAAGGUGAAAAAAAAACUCCACUAAUUCUAGAGGCUGAAGGUGAAAAGAAAACUCCACUAACUCCAGAGACUGAAGGUGAAAAGAAAACUCCACUAACUCUAGAGACUGAGGGUGAAAAGAAAACUUCUCAAAUUCCAGAGACUGAAAGUGAAAAGAAAACUCCAAAAACUCUAGAGACUGAAGGUGAAGAGAAAACUCCACUAACUCCAGAGACUGAAGGUGAAAAGAAAACUCCACUAACUUCAGAGACUGAAGGUGAAAAGAAAACUCCUCAAACUCCAGAGACUGAAGGUGAAAAGAAAACUUCACUAACUUCACAGACUGAAGGUGAAAAGAAAACUCCUCAAACUCCAAGGUUUGAAGGUGAAAAGAAAACUCCACUUACUCCAGAGACUAAAGGUGAAAAGAAAACUCCUCAAACUCCAGAGACUGAAGGUGUAGAGGAAAUAAACGAUGAUCUGAAUGUCAUAAAAAUGGAUAAAGAUGACAGAGAGAAUGAAGAUAUUGCAGGAGCUAGAGGAAACAGUUCACCACUUUUCAGCUCUUCUAGUAGACCUGAUGAAAAUGAAACUGGUGACUGUGCUGGUGACUAUGUCAGAUUAAAAGAUGUAAUUCAUGCAAAUGAAGAUGCAACUCCUGUCUAUGUUAAUAUAGCAGGUCAGGAUGAUGCUGUGAGGUCGGAUGAACAGAUGGCAAAGGAAACAAGUUUAAUUUCCGAUUCUGAUGCAGAUACUGCUGGGAGCUUACCACCAACUGAUGACCAACAAAUUGCAGGCCAACAUAGAGCAUCUGGACAAGCAGGUGAGGGAAUAUGUUUGACAAAGUUUAAUGAGGAAUUAGAAAAGAAGAAGAAGGAAAACAUUACACAUACUAUUGAGAGAGAGGAGAAGGAAUACAUUACACACAAUAUUGAUAAUCAUUUAGGAAAGGGAAUUGAAAGCACAAAGUUAGAUGAAAUUCUACACACAGCAGAAAAGGAUCAUGAUGGACAUGUAAAAAUUGAAAAAGUGAAAUAUAAAGAUACAACACCAGGCAACCAUCUGACAGCUACAGUUUUAGGACCCUUAUUGAAAGAUGAUUUACAAGAUUGUUUGUAUACACAAUGGACUUUAGAAACAUGUACAUUAACACUAGUUGAAAGCAAGCCAUAUUUACCCAGUGCAGAUGUUGUUCUUGUACCUGUGUAUGGAAAUGCUAAAUCUGGUCUGUUACAAGGAUAUAGAAAGAAAAUUGAUGUACCAAUCCCGCAGUCAUACAUAACCAGAAAAAAAUUUACAGCUACAAUAGAAAGCUUUGUUUGCAGAUAUCUCUCGGAUGAAGCUUGCAUAUCUGUUCAUAUAGAAUCAUCACCAAUAGAUGUAUGGUCAGGAUACAAGUAUGUCAAGCAAAUUCUGGAUUCUUUAAUUGAGUGGAAGAAAAAGUCAAUGGGUUCAAGAAAAGACAUAGUGCUUUGUUGCUGUAACAAAGUUGUCUAUCAUAAGUGCUUAGAAAGUUGCCAAGAAUUAUUGUGUUCCAAAGGCAUGUAUGAAACAGUGCUGUCAAUAAACAAAGGCAAGUUUUCUAUCAAAUUUUUCUAUUUAAAUUAUGAUUUUGCAACAUUGUCAAAAUAA